AUGGCAAUGGUGCAGGAUAACAGUACAAAAAUUGCUGACAUAUUGACCAGUAGUACAGACACAUGGCUACCUCAAACAGCAACUGUUGAUUCAUCGACUUUAGCAAUUUCACCAUCAUCAAUAGAAAUCACAAAUCAGGAUUCUGCUCACCAAUAUUCCUUGUCCACCACUGGUUCGUUUGCUAUUGAUGUGUCUGAAACAGUAAGUACUUCUUUAACAUAUUUGCCAAUAUCCUCAUCUUCGUCAGUUAGCACAUUUGAUACUCAGGUAUCUUCAUCCCCUUUAACAACAGUUCCAAUUGAAACUAGACCGACAUCAUCAAUUACUUCACUUUAUGGUAGUUCCGGUUCGUUUGAUUUAUCUUCAUCAAUUGUGUCCGAAAUAACAUCUCCCUCUUACUCUAAAGCGUCAUCAUCAUCAUCAGCGAUAAAUGAUCAAUUGACCGAAAUACCAUCUACUACAGGAUCAUCCAAUAAUUCCAACAGCUUUCCCUUAUCCAAAUCUUCAUCUCUACUUUCAGCCACUAACAGUAUAUGGGAUAAUGAUGCAUAUUCUACUUUGACAAUUGAUUAUAAUGAAAACCAAACCACUUAUUUACACACGACUACUGGGAACCCAACAACUUCUGUCAUGGGAUCCAAUUUAAUAGAGUCAAAUACAACUUCAAUUAAUGAUCCAUUUCUUUCGAUAUUCAAUGCCUUGAAAAAUAGCACUACUCAUAAUUACACUUCAUAUUUAACAACAGGGAUAUCUAGUUCUUCACCAAAAGGUAUUGGUUACAACAUAUCAAAUACUACAAGGACUUAUAAAAAUCUAUCUCCGUCUUCAUCUUCUUCGAAUAUUACUAUGACAGUUAGUAGUAGUAGCAACGUACACACUUCUACGUCACCCAUUACCAGAAAUACCACAACUUUACAACAUGUUUCAUCAUCAUCAUCUUCCUCUCUAGCUCAGGCUACUACCACUACAAAUAUCGAUAGUAGUAGUAGUAGUAAUAGUAGUAGUAGUAGUUCAACAGAACUGCCUUCCAGUACGGUCGAUUAUUCAUAUUUAGAAGAUGAAAGUGCCCUUUAUUAUGUAUACACACAACAAUAUGAUUUCACGGACUCUAUGACUUCUUUCACUACAGGAUUCCCUGAGACAAUAACAAUAGCAAAAUCAUCUGUGUCAGGUGAAGCAACUACUUCAUUUUCAAUACCUUCAUCAACGAUCACUGCUAAUGUCUCAAUGUAUGAAAAACUAUUGAAUGGAGCAUUAGAUGGUUCUGAAUCGUCUUCGAAAGAUCAGACACAAUCUCAUUCCAGUAAAGUUGGUACAGUUGUUGGAAGUGUUGUAGGUAGUAUUGGUGGUGUCAUAGUGGCUGUACUGUUAUUAUGGUGGUUCUUAAGAAGUCGGAAAAAUAAAUCCUCAAAGAUGAACCAUGAUUAUGACAAAAGCUUUUCUCAUGAAAUCCAUGAUAGGCAAGGUUAUAGCUCUACUAGGAGAACACCAGCGUCAUCGUCAUACAUCAAUGAGAAUGCUAUUAAAAUCACAACCCGUAUGAGUCCACAGAUGAACUUGCCACCUACUAAAUACUCUGCAACGAAUCCAUUUACUAAUCAAGAAGAGACGCAAACGAGACACCCACCUCCUGUCCCAUUACCUAGAAAGAAUAAAAUAGAUAAUUUCUAUGGUCCAGAUACACAGUCAUGGAUCGGAAGGAAUGCUGUAUCGUAUGCAUCAUCGUCUGCCGAAUCAUCUUUUGCAGAUGACUCCACCAUGUCUUCGAGCUCAAUCAGAUUGGGGUCACGUUACGACAGUCCAUCUAGUAAUGUACACUCGACAAUAUCAAAUCCUCAAGGGUUUUUCCGAGAAAUUAUUUAA